UAUUUUAUUAGAUAUCUCGAGACCAGACUUGAAACGAUCUUAAAUAUAAAAUCGGAAUAUGAAUAUUAAUUGCAUACACACCUUUGUUCUUUCAUAACUAUCUCGUUUUACUUACCGUGUUUCCUUACGCUCCAUCGACUUUACGUUACGAAUGCCGUAUUUUUUAAUUUCAGCCAUUGUUGCCUUAUCUGUCGCGCGUGUUGCACAUCUUUGCACGCGUAUUAUACUUAACUAUAACAUCGUUAUCGUCAUCUCGUCUAUAUACGUGUGAUAAAAGUGAUUGAAGUUAAAUUAAAUUUUAAAAGUCAUCAACGUACCGCGAUGCCAUCGCGAUUCGGCAACUUUUAUUUCCCUCUCGCGUGACACGCGAUUGAAAUUGUUCUCCGAUCGACGACGGGGGACGACUGUUACAUAUUCAAUUUAAUAGAUAAUAAAUAGUUUCGCGCCGCGCCGCGAUGUCGAGCGUGGAAUUUUUCGACCGAGUCAAUUUUCGCAUCGCGGAUAACACUGCUUUAUCGGGGCAUUCGGGGCAAUCCCGAAUCCCGACAAUCGUGAUGCCUUACAUCAUGCCGCCAUGCCGGCAAUAACGAGUUUCGUCGCCAUAGCGACGUCAAUUUGUUGUUGCGGGUUGCGGGCUGUGCGUCCUGGCGAAGACGGAAGAGCUAUCCUUCGCGCGUGUAUAAUAUUCCGCGAUGGACGACUGUUUCCGUCCGGGGAAUUUAGAGGCGCUUCAAAAUUUAAUCUGCCCGCCGAAGGACGACUCCGACGAGGAGGACGAUCUACCGCAGGCGGGCGCGAGGAAGUUGGGGCCAAGUGACAUCGGCGCGCCGAGCGACCCUUCCCCGAGCGAUCGUUCGGGACCUCAUGCACCCCUACAGGGCGCGGGUGACGAUAUUUGGCAUCCCUCGGAGGCGGCCGACACUCGGAGCUCGCACCAGGAUUACGACCCCCGGAAGGCGCCCGAAUACGAGAUGAAGUUUAAGCAGGCAGUGACGGCGGAGGACGUUUAUCUGGGAAUGGGCUUUAAAACGCCGAGCACGGCGUCCUGCGAGUGGCUGUCGGUGCUGGUGAAACUGCCCCAGGAAACGCGGGAAGAAGUGGAGCUCUCAGUGGAAUCCGAGGCGAUCGACGUGCGCAGUCCAAGAUAUCGGCUGCAUCUACCGACGCCGCAUCCCGUGGAUCCCAACGCGUCGUCCGCCAAGUGGCACAACGACACCUCCACCCUGGAAGUCACCCUGAGACUCGCGCGCGAGCUGGAUAACGUAAACUUUUAACUCCGGAUCGAUACGUCGUCGUCCCGUCGAAGGAACUCGGUGAGAGAAUCCCCGGACGAUCAUUCCAGCGUGUAAAAAGUUACAGCGUCGUAAAAAAAUUACGUUGCGAAACUGU